UGGUAACCUUCCCGAAGACCCCCAAGUGGUCCAACUCCUUUGCAAGCAGAGGGAGACAGCAUGGGUGCGCGUGGUGCUCCUGAGGCGGCGGGGGUCUCGGUCGUCACUUGCAGACUCAUGGAGAGGAAAAAGAGUCCGAGACAUUUCCAUAAAGUUGCCACGUCGUGCGCCAUCCCCGCUUCAUGAAUGGACCCAUCAUGGAGGAGAUGCCGUUCCAAAGAUUCAAGACUCGGCGGAGGAAGGGUCGCUGCCCGGCAGGUGCGCCCCUGGACGCCAUCGUGUGUGAGGACGAGUUCAACAGCCAGGAGCUGGAGGCUCUCUUCCAGAACUACAAGCUGAAGCUGGAGCAGACGGCCACCCUCAAGGCUCUGGCGGUGCUAAUCAUCGCCGCGUCGUCGCUGUCCCUCGUGGAGCUGCUCUCCAACUCGCGCCUCAGCCUCUCCAAGGGCUCCAACCCCGUGCACUGCGUGGUCUUCCUGUCGCUCUUCAUCGUCACCAACGUCAAAUACCUGCAGGUCACGCAGCUGCAGCAAAUAGCCAAGCUCGCCCUGCUCUUCAGCUUCACCUUCGCGCUGCUCUGCUGUCCCUUCCCGCUGGCCCUCGGCACGUCGGAGACGGUGAGCGCCGCCGCGCCGGAGCAAGGCGUGUGGCAGCUCAUGCUGGUCACCCUGGUGGCGUACAUGCUGCUGCCGGUGCGGACUCUGCUGGCGGUGCUCUUCGGCGUCAUGUUGGCCGCUUCCCACUUCAUAGUCAUCUCCACGUCGGUGACCGGGAGAACGCAGCAGCUGUGGAGACCGCUGAUAGCCAACGGGGUGCUGUUCACCAGUGUCAACUUGACGGGAGUGUUUGUGAGGAUUCUCACCGAGCGAACCCAGAGGAAAGUCUUUCUGCAAGCCCGAAACUGCAUCGAGGAGAGACUCAGGCUAGAGGAUGAGAAUGAAAAACAGGAGCGUCUGUUAAUGAGCCUACUGCCCAGGAAUGUUGCCAUGGAGAUGAAGGAGGACUUCCUGAAGCCGCCCGAAAGGAUCUUUCACAAGAUCUACAUCCAACGUCAUGACAAUGUCAGCAUCUUAUUUGCGGACAUUGUGGGUUUCACCAGCUUGGCAUCCCAGUGUACUGCUCAGGAAUUGGUCAAACUCCUUAAUGAGCUUUUCGGGAAGUUUGAUGAACUUGCUACAGAGAACCACUGCAGGCGAAUAAAGAUCCUGGGGGACUGUUAUUACUGUGUAUCAGGGUUGACCCAACCAAAGGCAGACCAUGCCCACUGCUGUGUCGAGAUGGGCCUGGACAUGAUUGACACCAUAGCGUCAGUGGUAGAGGCAACUGAGGUGGACUUGAACAUGCGUGUUGGCCUGCACACAGGACGGGUGCUGUGUGGUGUGCUGGGCCUCAGGAAAUGGCAGUAUGAUGUCUGGUCAAACGAUGUCACUUUGGCAAAUGUGAUGGAGGCCGGAGGACUGCCUGGCAAGGUGCACAUCACAAGGACCACCUUGGAGUGUUUAAAUGGCGAUUAUGAGGUGGAACCCGGCUUUGGACACAAGAGACACUCCUUUCUGCAGAAGCAUCACAUAGAGACUUUUUUCAUCGUGCCAUCACACAGACGCAAAAUAUUUCCUGGUUUAAUCCUGUCUGACAUCAAACCAGCCAAGAGGAUGAAGUUCAAGACCGUGUGCUACCUGCUAGUGCAGCUCAUGCACUGCAGGAAGAUGUUCAAGGCUGAGAUCCCCUUCUCCAAUGUCAUGACCUGUGAGGAUGACGACAAGCGGAGAGCCUUACGGACUGCAUCAGAGAAGUUAAGAAAUCGAACAUCCUUCUCCGCCGCCACCGUCCAGCAAUCGCCAGGAACACGGGUCAACCGUUACAUUGGAAGGCUCAUAGAAGCUCGGCAGACCGAGUCGGAGACGUCGGAUAUUAACUCCAUGACGUUGUUCUUCAGGAACAGAAACAGGGAACGCAGGUAUAACCAGGUGGAUGACGAUCAUUUCAUCUGUGCAGUGGUGGUCUCUCUGAUCCUGGAUGCAUUUUUUGGCCUUAUCUAUCUGUUAAUGAUCCCACAGGGGAUACUUGUACUUCUCCUGUUGGUGUUGAGUGUUUGUUUUCAUGUGGCUGGCGUCAUGUACCUGCAUCUUACAAGUGUCCAGUGCCAACCAGGCUGCCUCACCAUCCAGAUCCGAACAGUCGUUUGUGUUUUACUUGUUUUGCUUUCCUAUUCCAUUACCCAGGCCUGCAUGGUAGUAUUUAUUCCAUGGGGUCGACUUAGAUCAAACUCCAGCCAAUCAGAUGUGUUUGGUGUAGAACCCCCCAACACUGCAGCUGCAGAUAGAGCCGUCCCAAAUAUGGCAUAUGCGCUAUUGUCUUGUCUCGCUGGUACACUCACUAUUGUCCCUUACCUCAGAGUGUCUUCACUUCCAAAGAUCCUCCUGCUCCUCAUCCUGUCUGUCACCUACACCGUCGUCAUGGAGACCAGCGGUUAUCGCCAAGCUGUCGGUGGUGGGUUUUUACACACCCGCGGAUAUGAUCCUGUGUUGGCUGUAUUGCUGUUUUCUGGUGCUCUGGUUCUCCACUCAAGACAACUCGACUUGAAGCUACGUCUUGAUUAUCUAUGGGCAACUCAGGCGGAAGAGGAGAGAGAUGACAUGGAGAAAGUAAAACUGGACAACAAGAGGAUCCUGUUCAACCUGCUCCCAGCACACGUGGCUCAACACUUCCUUAUGUCGAACCCCAGGAACAUGGACUUGUACUACCAGUCCUACGCUCAGGUUGGAGUACUGUUUGCUUCAAUCGCUAACUUCAAUGACUUCUACAUUGAGUUGGAUGGAAACAACAUGGGAGUCGAGUGUCUCCGGCUGCUCAAUGAGAUCAUAGCUGACUUUGAUGAGCUGAUGGACAAAGAGUGCUACAGGGAUAUUGAGAAAAUCAAGACUAUUGGCAGUACAUACAUGGCGGCAGUAGGGCUCGUACCAACAACUGGCUCGAAGGCAAAGAAGUCCAUCACAUCACACGUCUGCACAGUGUCAGAUUUUGCCAUUGAGAUGUUUGAUGUCCUGGAUGUCAUCAACUACCAGUCUUACAAUGACUUUGUCCUGAGAGUAGGAAUAAAUGUGGGUCCAGUGGUUGCAGGAGUCAUCGGGGCCAGGAGGCCUCAGUAUGAUAUCUGGGGGAAUACAGUAAAUGUAGCAAGCAGAAUGGACAGCACUGGUGUACAAGGGAAAAUACAGGUGACAGAAGAUGUCCAUCGUGUCAUCGCAGACCACUACAACUUGGUCUGUCGAGGCCAGGUCAGUGUAAAGGGUAAAGGUCAGAUGCUCACUUACUUUCUAGAAGGACGGCGGCAAAGCUGCUGUCUGCUAUCUCAGUCCCUUCAGCAGGCGUGCAAUCCGGGAAGCCGCUCAAGCGCCUUCGCCCACGGAAAUGUGCGCACCAAGUUAAGCCCCGCCCCUACGGUGAACACUUACGGUACAGUCAGGACCCCGAGCCCAUGCAUGGCGAAACCAACCACCUCCACCAGCGCCACCAGGUACCUGCCCUCCGUCCCCACUGCAGUAGUGUGACGUCCACUGUCGUCAUGACGACAUAUUAGAAAAUAGUACGUCAAUGAGAGAGGAGAUGAAAGACAAGGAUGUUCUGCACGCCGCAAUCUCAGUCCGAGAGACAGACAUCGUCCAAAAGGAGACCUGGACCCGAGCCCAGCAUGCAUCCAAGACUGAGCAUCGGGGGGGCUUCGACUGGACUCUCCCUCCAUGUUCCUGCCCUGUUUGUUGUUUGACUCGGCAGGGAGUCAAGAACAGGAUACAAGAUGCUUAAUUUUCUUUGCUUUGUAGUCAAUCAAAGGCCAAGGAUGUGUCCAGGAACUCCUAACCCUGUAUCCACAACUACAAUAAACGAUAUCAGCAUCCCCACACGCACAGUUGACAGUGUAGCACGCAGGUCUCUCGCGAAAGCACAAAACGUUCCUUUAACUACAUUAGCUGACCCCUUUUUUCACGGUAUCAAACCAAAACUGUGCUAUUUGCCUUAGCGGACGUUUACCGCUUUACUUAAGACGAUUUGUUAUAAAGGAAUUCCGAUGUAACUUCUGCUGGAGCAUUUCUGAUCAAGAGUUUUUGAAGUAGAUAGAGCCAAAUGUGUAAUUAUGCUAUAAACUUGCCAAAUUCCAACAGCCUUUUAAUACAUUUGGGGGACAGUGUACUCCUCAUGGUGAACCUGCAAUGGCGCAUGAGGUGAACAUGUUUUUUGUUGAAGUGCAUGAACCCACUGCUGCAUUUCAUGUUUUGCUGUUUGCUGCCUGUGAUGCUUGACUUCCAGAUUCUUCCUUAGCAAAGUGUAGCAAUAAAGACGUGCGUGUCCUAUCUCAGCAUAUUCACCUUUGCAUGCAGGUAGCCAGCCGGAUCCGGUUUUGACCUCAUAGUCCAUGUAGCCGGGAGACCGUGCAUAGCAGCCACAAAAGUCUCUGCGGACUUGAAGCAUGACUUAAAAAAGCUUAUUUUCCGUAUCGUGUGGGCGUGACCUAUUCUCUGUGGCAGUGUUUUUCAACCGUUUUUGAGCCAAGGCACAUUUUUUGCGUUGAAAAAAUCCGGAAGCACACCACCAGCAAAAAUCAUUAACCUCUUAAAGGCAUACUGAAAUGCGAUUUUCUUAUUUAAACGGGGAUAGCAGGUCCAUUCUAUGUGUCAUACUUGAUCAUUUUGCGAUAUUGACAUAUUCUUGCUGAAAGGAUUUAGUAGAGAACAUCAACGAUAAAGUGGUCGCUGAUAAAAAAGCCUUGCCUGUACCGGAAGUAGCAGACGAGUAGCGUGACGUCACAGGUUGUGGAGCUCCUCACAUCUGCACAUUGUUUACAAUCAUGGCCACCAGCAGCGAGAGCGAUUCGGACCGAGAAAGCGACGAUUUCCCCAUUAAUUUGAGCGAGGAAGAAAGAUUCGUGGAUGAGGAAAGUGAGAGUGAAGGACUAGAGGGCAGUGGGAGCGAUUCAGAUAGGGAAGAUGCUGUGAGAGGCGGGUGGGACCUGAUAUUCAGCUGGGAAUGACUAAAACAGUAAAUAAACACAAUACAUAUAUAUACUCUAUUAGCCACAACACAACCAGGCUUAUAUUUAAUAUGCCACAAAUUAAUCCCGCAUAACAAAAACCUCCCCCCCUCCCGUCCAUAUAACCCACCAAUACAACUCAAACACCUGCACAACACACUCAAUCCCACAGCCCAAAGUACCGUUCACCUCCCCAAAGUUCAUACAGCACAUAUAUUUCCCCAAAGUCCCCAAAGUUACGUACGUGACAUGCACAUAGCGGCACGCACGUACGGGCAAGCGAUCAAAUGU